AUGCGUACUGCGUUGAGCGCACUCGCGGUGCUUCUCACCCUGGCUAGCUCUGCCAGGGCGGCCCCUGUCGCAGCUCCAUCCGAAGUUGAGGAGCGUGAUGCCUCUGCCGUGCUGAACACGCGGUUCAUUACUUAUGAGGAUGGCAUCAAUAAGAGAGAUGAGGUUGAGGAACGUGAUCCCACGGCGGUGCUUAACUCACGGUUCAUAACCUAUGAGGACGCCAUCAACAAGAGAGAUGACGUCGAGGAACGUGACGCUUCCGCUGUGCUGAACACCCGGUUCAUCACCUACGAAGACGCCAUCAGCAAAAGAGAUGAAGUGGAAGAGCGUGAUCCCUCUGCUGUGCUGAACAGUCGGUUCAUUACGUACGAGGACUCCGUCAGCAAGAGAGACGAAGUCGAGGAACGCGAUCCUUCGGCUGUCCUGAACAGUCGCUUCAUCACUUACGAGAAUACUGCUUAA